CCGCCGGCGCCUCGGGUCGGCCUCUUCCGGCUCCAGCCGCGCGCGCGUCCGGGAGCUGGGCCUCGGCGCCAACCCGGGCCCGGGCAUGCGGCUUCUGCGGCUGCUUACCCGGGGGCUGGGGCUCCCGGGGCUCCGGCCCUCCGCAGGCCCGGCCGCCCCACGCCGGUCCCAGGCCCGCCCCGCGUCCCGCCCCGGGCCGGAGGCCGCCGCCGCCCGCCGAGACGCGACCGUGGAGCGCUGCGGAGCCGGAGGAAUAAAUUCCAAUGAGCGUGAAAACACAUCAAGAAAAAAAAUGUCAGAGGAAUUCGAAGCCAAUAUUAUGGAUUCUUUGAUAGAUAUGCCAUUUGCGACUGUAGAUAUAAAAGAUGAUUAUGGAAUCACUGAUGUACUUCAAAAAAAUUCGAAGAGAAGUCAAGAAAAUGAUUGCAAUAGGAAAAAUGAAAUGAAGAAGAAGAAGAAAAAGCUAAAAGAUUAUCAACCCAACUAUUUCCUGUCUAUUCCGAUCACCAACAAAGAGAUUACAAGCGGAAUUAAGAUCCUACAAAAUGCAAUAAUACAGCAAGAUGAUCGACUGGCCAAAGCCAUGGUCGGUGACAGUACUUUCCAUAUUACCCUGCUAGUGAUGCAGUUACUAAAUGAGGAUGAAGUAAACAUUGGUAUUGAUGCCCUUUUGAAAUUAAAACCAUCCAUAGAAGAAAUCCUCCAAGGAAAGCAGCUGAUUUUGCCCUUUCAAGGAAUUGGAACUUUUGGAAAUCAGAUUGGAUUUGUGAAGCUGGCAGAAGGAGAUCACUUAAACCCACUCUCAGAGAUAGCAGAGGCUGCUAAAAGAACAUUUCAAGAAAAGGGCAUCUUGGCAGGAGAGAGCAGAAGUUUUAAGCCUCAUUUGACCUUCAUGAAGUUGUCAAAAGCACCAGGGCUCCGUAAGAGAGGAGUGAAAACAAUAGACCCUGACUUCUAUGAAAAAUUUGUCAAUCAUAGAUUUGGAGAAGAAAUAUUUUAUCGUAUAGAUCUUUGCUCCAUGUUGAAGAAAAAACAAAGUACUGGUUAUUAUCACUGUGAGUCUUCAAUUGUGAUUGGUGAAAAGAGCGGAGGUGAGCCCGAUGAUGCUGAGCUGGUGAGGCUCAGUAAGAGGCUGGUGGAGAACGCGGUGCUCAAGGCCGUGCAGCAGUAUCUGGAAGAAACACAGAACAAAAACAAGCCAGGGGACGGAGGCUCGGUGAGAACGGAAGAGGCCGAAAGGAAUGGCCAGGGCGGUGACAGCGACAGCCCGUGAGCCUGGCCUGCAGCCCCCGCCGCCUGCGAGAGGCACCCCUGCUUCCGUCUGCCAAGGCCCCUGGCUCCCCCGAGCCGUUGGAGUGUCUCCGGUUGAAUCUGGGGUGAAUGCCUAGAACUUCCAAGAUAGAUGGGUUUGCAUUUCUGAGACGCAACAGAAGAGAAAUGGAGCACUGGGACUAACAGAGGAAAUUAAUUGAUGGAAGAAGAAUGAGUGGCCCGGUGUCACCUCCCCUCAGCCCUUAGGGAGCUCUUGCUGUCACAGGGGUAGAGACACGGUUGUGCUUCAUGGACUCGAUCCAGACCGCGGAGCAGGCCAUGUCCUGCUACUUUUAUUGCCCAGCUGGGCACUGUGACUCCUUUACCCGAGGCCUCACAAGUGCUACAUUUAAAAUAACCACUGUUGAAGUUAGUGUCUCUGCAGUCACGAUAUGCAGUGUCUCAUGUUUGUCCUAGGUGUGCUGUGGCUAUGCAGUGAUCUUUAUUCACAGUAAAUGGUAUUUCAUGUAAAUGACAUUUUUUGGUGAAAUGCAACCUUUUCUAUAAAAUGCAGGCAACAUUCUAAAGAUUUUUCUUUCAACCCUGUUUUGAUAAGUCAUUGUGCCAUAUUUUAAUGUUUUUCAUGGGCAUUUGUAUGUAAAACAUUAUAUAAUUUUUUUCCCUUAGGCAAGGAACCUAUUGGAAUCCAGUACUUAAUUAAUGAAGCUUUGCAUCGAGAAAGGAUGAGACUGAAGUCCAAAGUGAGAGAGAUAAAGGAACUUUUAUUAAAGCCUGAGACUCAGGCCAAAAUUAGGAGGGAGCUUUUUGAAG